AUUGUUAACAGCCACGUCCGAAAAGGUGCGCAGCUGCUCGUCGUCCACACAGCGUGGUUCAUGUUUGUUGCAGCGGGAUGUGGGUCUAGAAAACUUCCUUUCGUGUUGUGUAGCAUGGCUGACAGGGCGGGGAGUUUUUUAGGAGACAAUCGUAUGUGUCGCCCGUUGCCAAUUGCAGCAGCGUCUAGCUAAUGUUACUGAGCUGAGCUUCCUUCUUUGAUAAAAGUCCUCAACCCCCGCUGGGCGGUUGGCUGCAACUCUCGAAACACACCGAAGCUCUUUGAUUUACAGAAAGGAGCAUGGUGUAAAGAAUAAUCCUCUGGGUAUGAGAGAUGGAUAAUUCAUUUGGCCAUCACAAGAUGGAAUAACCAUUGAAACGUCCCAUCUACUCCUCACGCCCCCAUCCUUCAUCACAGCGGGUGUGAUGCCGGGCAGCAGGCCUUUUGCCAGACCCUGGCUGUGGGGUCUCCUGUCCCCAUUCCACACUCGGCAGGAGCGGGUGGUGUUGGCCCGCAGCGAGAGCCUUCCAGGGGAGCAGGUGCUGAAGAUCACGGUCACAGAGACCACGGUGAUCGAGGCGGAGUCCGGGGUGUGGAACUCACGCUCCUUAACCUAUCUCUGGCUUUGGUACUUCUUCAGCUUCUGCACCCUGUUCCUCAACAAAUACAUCCUGUCACUGCUGGAGGGUGAGCCCAGCAUGCUGGGUGCUGUUCAGAUGCUCUCCACCACCAUCAUAGGCUGCUUGAAGAUGUUUGUCCCAUGCUGUUUGUACCAGCACAAAUCCAGAGCCGAGUAUCCCCCCAACUUUGUCAUGAUCAUGCUGUUUGUUGGUCUCAUUAGGUUCACCACAGUGGUUCUGGGAUUAGUGAGCCUGAAGAAUGUUGCAGUGUCAUUUGCUGAGACUGUGAAGAGCUCAGCCCCCAUUUUCACUGUUAUCAUGUCCAGGCUGAUCCUUGGGGAGUACACAGGGCUGUGGGUGAACCUGUCCCUGUUUCCUGUCAUGGCAGGACUAGCCCUUUGCACAGCUACAGAGCUCAGCUUCAACAUGCUCGGCUUCUCUGCCGCUCUGUCCACCAACAUCAUGGACUGUCUGCAGAAUGUUUUCUCCAAGAAACUGCUUAGUGGAGACACAUACAGAUUCAGCCCUCCGGAACUGCAGUUCUACACCAGUGCAGCAGCAGUCAUCAUGCUCAUACCUGCCUGGGUGUUCCUCCUGGACAUUCCUGUGAUUGGGGGAAGCGGAAAAAGCUUCCUCUUUAGUCAGGACAUCAUCCUGUUGCUACUUUUUGACGGGUGUCUGUUCCACCUGCAGAGCGUCACAGCUUAUGCCCUCAUGGGACGGAUUUCCCCCGUCACGUUCAGUGUUGCCAGUACUGUGAAGCACGCCCUGUCGGUUUGGCUGAGCGUCAUCGUCUUCAGCAACCAGAUCACAGUCCUCAGCGCCACCGGCACCCUCCUCGUGUUCGUCGGGGUCUUCUUGUACAAUAAGGCCAGACAGAUCCAGAGGCAAACCUUACAAGCCAUGGCUGCUGAACAAAACCACAAACCACUGCACAACCAGGACUUUCAGCCUCAAUGAGGACUGGAGAAAUGGAGUGAAAGCCACAAAAUCGACACAUUCCAGACAAAGAAGUUAAAUGCAUUGUUGCAGUCAUAUCUUUAAGCUGAAAGUAAACAAUGUUUGUCUGACCGAGCUGUCAGCCGUUCUGAGGAACUACACAAAUAUUUCUUUGUCCUUGACCCGAGUAACAUGGCAAGCAUCUUUUGUCGUUAUCGGUCAGUAAAAGAAGAAUCUCAGGGUGACUUUCUGCUUUUCCAAGGAAGUGAUGAACACUUACUUUCCCAGGUAUGUUGGUUGAUCAUCUGUGGUGCAGCAGCUGCUGAAUGUAUGGUACUGUAUGUAUGAUAGUGUAAUCUGCACUAUGCCAUCUGAGGUAAACUAUCUUGAUUCUGAAUGUAUGUUGUGAAUGGGGUGUGAUGCCUCACAGGAUGUUUGUUUUGUUUUAAAAGGCUGAUCCAGCCAAAACUUAAACUGGAUGUUUAACACAGUUUUGAACAAAGUGUGAAACAUUCAAGAGUAACACUGCAUUCUAGGAAUGCUCAUUUUCUGACAAAAAAAAAAGUAGUUUUGUUAAUCUAAUCUCAGAAUUUAACACAUACACACACCUCAGUACAGCGAACGAGAAAGUUCAACGUGUGUUUGAUGGGACACGUCUGUACUAAUCAUCAUCCGUCUGGCAGUUGCCACUUGAUUCUCUUUUUUUUUUUUUAAGCAUUUUAAUAAUGCUUUACUUUUGCUGCGGUGUUUGUGCCAAAAGAAGCAGCCUCAAUUUCUCUUACCUGUGUUGAGACCACGAGGUUGACCAUAAGAGCUGACUGACUUGAACUUGUGAUUUAUGUACAUUAAAACAUGUUCAUUUCAUGCUUCUAUAUUAUUGUGUAAGAUUUUCUCUGUGGGUUAUGAUUUAAUAUUCAUACCAUAAGAAUGUGUCUUUAUACUAAUGUUCCACCAAACUUUUUUAAGUUCAAGCAUGCACUUUUCUUGCCAGAGGACGAAAGCAUUGAAGUAAAUAUAAACUGUAUAGUUAAGAAAAGUGCAAAUUAAAGAUAUAAAGAUGUUGAGGUUGUAAAGAUGUGAACACUGCAGAGUAAAACAAUUGAAAUGUU